AUGGCAGAUUUCCCAGGGGUUAUGGAAUCAAUUGGACAAGAUGCGUGGGAUGAUAUCAAGCAAUUACCUCUUGGAAUAGUUGCUAAAUUAGUUGAAAGCAAAUUCGUUUGGUCUGCUAAGACCGUACACUAUCUAUUGUAUAGACAGUUGAGAAUAAAACACAAGGAGAUUUGGUGUUUAGUUGGUGGCCAGCCUAUAAGGUUUGGUUUUAAUGAAUUCGCUCACCUCACUGGGUUAAACAUAGAUCCAACUCCAUCAGAGAAGUUUGAACCUUCAGUUGACUACAAACAGUUCUUAACAGAAGAAUUGAAAGUUCCUGGUGGGGAAGCUGCAAAAAUAGUUUCUGAUGAUAAAGCCGUGAAAGCUUAUCCAUGGGGUCGGGUCGCAUUUGAGACUAUAGUUGAUAAUGUCAAGUGCUUGAAUCCUAGAGGUAGUUCGUACACCCUUGGUGGGCCGGUUUACGUGUUACAAGCUUGGGCAUAUGAUUCUAUCAAAUGCUUAGGAGAGCGAUUCAGGAAUUUUGUCGAGAAUGAAGAGAUCCCGUUGUUUCGAUGGCCUGGAACCCGUACACGUUCAGCAUUAGAUGAGGCCAUUGCUAAAGAUAUCAAAAAGUAUAGUGAGCGUGUGAGUAAAAUGGUGAUGAAGGGUGAUGUAAUGAAUGAGGACAAGCAGAAAGCUGGAAAAGUUAGAGCAGCGGUUGAGUCUGAAUCUCCCGCUAAGAAGCAGAAAGAGGAAAAGGGUGGUGAUUCUGGUGCAAAAGAUGCACAGAAGAAGAAGAAGAAGAAGAUAAACGAGCCUCAUGAACAGAAGAAUAAAAAGAAGAAGAGUGAGAAGGUAAAGGCUGAUAGUGAAGAGGACGAUGCUGGUGGAAAGGCGUCACUUAAAUUACUCGUGGAAUUCAUCAAGAUGAAAGGCCUAUUUUCCUUCGUUGCCAGAGGUGGAGGCCUAGCUGGUCUCAUGAGUGGAGGCAAAAACAUUCUUCAUGACGACACAUUACCACUCAAGAACUUCCACGAGAAGAAAAUUCAGGAAGAGGAAGAAGAACAAGUUCUGGACAGCGACAUUCCUCGGUGCAUCAAGAAUCUAAAUAAGGAUUUCGAUGAGGCCACUAAUAAGAAUGAUGGUCUUCUUGAUUUCAUUGAGAAAUCUCCCUCUCCUGCUAAUAAGAAAAUGCGGCAUUUGACGCGGAAUUUAGAAGCACAGCAGAGGAAAGAGGCCGAGGCUCAAAAGAAGAAAGAGGAGGAAAAGAAGAGGGCAGAAGCUGAAGCAAGGAGGAAAGGGAAUGAGGAAAAAGGCCAGCCAAAGAAGAGAGGUAGAAAGCCUAGAGGUGUUCAGCAGGUGAAACCAAGUGUCCCUUCUGAUAUGGUGGAAGAAAUUGCUGAAGAUGUUGUUAAGAUUCCUCUUGUGAAAUUCAAAUUCCCAAAGGAAGAAAAGAAACAGGUUGGGGUUGAGGACAACAAAGGGGACAACAAAGGGGACAACAAAGCUUGUGACAGUGAAGUAGAGGAUGUCACUGACAAUAAUCCUUUCGAGAACUUCAACGUCUUACUUGAAUCUGAUGUUGAUGAAAAAGAAAAGAUUAGGAAUGAAAGGAUUAAAGGAUUAAUUAAGGACAGCAAAUGUGAAGUUUGCUAA